CAUCAGCAGCAAGUCUACAGCUGCACUUCCUGUUCUUCCUCCUUCCAGCCCUCCUCUGCACGAUGACCAAGAAGAGAAGGAACAACGGCCGUGCCAAGAAGGGGCGUGGGCACGUCCAGCCCAUCCGCUGCACUAACUGUGCCCGCUGUGUGCCCAAAGACAAGGCCAUCAAGAAGUUUGUCAUCAGGAACAUCGUGGAGGCUGCCGCUGUCAGAGACAUCACCGAGGCCAGCGUGUUUGACUCUUACGUGCUUCCCAAGCUGUACGUGAAGCUGCACUACUGCGUGAGCUGCGCCAUCCACAGCAAAGUGGUCAGGAAUCGCUCCACAGAGGCCAGGAAAGACCGGACACCACCGCCCCGCUUCAGACCCAGUGGUGGUGCCCCCCGAGCCCCUCCAAAGCCCAUGUGAUGUGCAAUUUUUAAAUUAUGUUAUUAUUGUGAAAUAAAAGUGGUGAGAAA